AUGGAUAUUCAACGAAUUCAGGAGCUCUUGGAGAAGACCAAAGCUUCAUUUGAUAACUAUAAGUCAAAUGGAGUGGAGGCCAGCCGUAUCGAAGCACAGGAACAGGCGUUUAGACUAGCACGCGCAUUGGAACGACCUCGAGAUGCUAUUCUCAAGCUGGCCUACUCCCCGGCUAUUGUCAUGGCCAUGAAGGUGGCUCUUGAUCUGAAUGUGUUCCCUGUGCUUGCGCAAGCCACUUCGCCAGUGCCCUUAGCCGAGCUGGCAGCUGCAAAGCCUGCAGAUCCCAUUUUAGUCGAGCGUAUUCUACGGGUUCUUGUCGCCAAUGCCGUAGUGGAGGAGCCUGCUCCAAGCGAAUACUUGCCGACCGCAUUAUCAAAGGAAUUGACCAAACGUCCCUCAAUUGGGGUCCUGGAGUCUCUAUUCUGCGAAUUCCUGCCAUCCUUCCAAAAGACUCCCGAAUUCCUCAAGUCCACGAAUUACCGCAAUCCGGAUGACCCAUUGGAUGCUCCGUUGCAGUACACCCACGAUCUGGGUAGGUUGAAUGGAUUUACUUGGCUGUGCCAGAAUCCAGAUGCUCUGAGUCGGUUCAAUAGCUUCAUGGAAGGUCAAAGAGCCGACCGCCUCCACUGGGGCGAUUGGUUCCCUGUUCGCGAACGAGUUUUGGACCAUCCAGAGCUCACCGCAGAGACCCCAUUAAUUGUUGACAUCGGUGCCGGUCGAGGACAUGAUCUGAUAGGGUUCCGACAAAGGUUUCCAGAUGCUUUAGGCAAAUUGGUUUUGGAGGACCUCUCGACUGUCAUCGAAGAAGUUCGUGGUGCGCAAGAUCUUGAGGCAGCCAAGGUGGACACCCAGGUGUUCGACUUUUUCAACGAGGUCCAGCCGGUGCAAGGUGCGAGAGUGUACUAUUUCAAGAACGUUAUGCAUGACUGGUCCGAUGAAAAGGCAGCCAUCAUCUUCAACAACCUUAAGCCUGCCAUGAAGCGGGGAUUUUCGAAGAUUAUCAUGGAGGAAUACAUUCUUCCCGACCAGAACGCCAGCUCGCUUCCAUGUACCACGGACAUGGCAGUUAUGAUUUUCUGCUCGGGUCUGGAGCGAUCACGUCAGCGUUGGGACAACUUGCUGUCAGCCAAUGGUCUUCGGGCAUUGAAGUACUGGGCCCGUGAAGGAGAUGGGCUUGGUAUUGUUGAAGCCGAGCUCGCAUAG